CCCUUCAUUAUGCAUGAGUACAGGCAGCCAUCUUGCUGUCUACAUGGUGACUCGUCCACUGAAAAUAAUGCUAAGAAUAUUUUGAGGCCUAUAACCCCUAUCUGAUGACAACCAGGCAUCAUGGUAACGUUAAGGGUGAACAACUGCUGUGAAUGCUUCGGCCUUCGGUCUGGCAGUCUCUACAUUGCAGCGUUGUACAUGGUGAUCGGGAUUUUCAACAUUGUUAUGACCAUCAUUGGUCUGGCUAGCGCCGGUGGAGAAGUUGCAAGAUACGGUCGCAUUACAACGGACGGAAUAUUGGUCCUACUGUGUAUACUUCUCCUCAUAGGAGUCCUCAAGAGCGAGUACAGCUUGUGCAUCAUGUGGGUUGUUGGCGCCGUCGUCUGGUCAGUUCUGACCAUUGUUUUUGGUGAAGUGGCCACUAUUUAUGCCGGAAAGAAGACGGACGUAAACUAUGUUACAACUGUGGGUGGGGUUGCUAUGGCAACCGCUAUUGGUCUCAUGUGGGUCAUCAUGGCACUGGAAAUCCUUCUGCUGAUCUACUGCGCCAUUGUGGUGUACUCGCAUGCACAGAAGCUUCGUGAGGAAGGCAAUCCCCCACCAUACUCCCAGUUCGGAGAGACAACAACAAAGCCCGUAUAAGACAAUGGAAAGAAAGAUACUUUGGAUAUUCAUAUAAACAUUGCUGGUUACAUAGUUGUUUCAUCGCCAACAAUUAGCAAAACACAAAUAAUAAGUAAUGGUAAACCAGAUGGUUAGGAGACCAUUGAAGAAAUAUGUAACAGAAUGUAUCCUAGGCCUUUUGCAUUGACGGCAAAGCAUGAUAUAUGAUCUUGGUUAGACUUUUGCAGCAGGUUGUUAUAAACCCCCUUAGAUAGCCUUUGGCUCUAUAUGUUAAUGCGGUGUAUGUACGACAUCUAUGACCACACGUAGACCUCGGUGAUACAGAUUUCUGUUAAUGCAGGUCUUUGGCACGUCGGUGAGUACUCUUGAACAGACUAUGUAUGAUUAUGAACACAUAACAUAUGCCUUUCAUAAAAUAUGGAUACCAAUUCUUACAAGUUUGUAAGUUAUUAUUAUUACUGUUUACGACAAGUCCACCCUUCCUUGUUGUGAGUCACUCAAUACCUCUGACUUGGAACUGUGCUGAGUAAUUUACACUGGGCUUUACAUGUUCACAGGAAGGCAUUUAUAACACAACGUUAUGUUUAUUUUGUCUAACUGGUUCAGAAAUACACAAGUCAUGUGGCUCUUUCUCUCAUCAUUGUCUGUGUGACGUCAACAACAGAAACCACUUGACAAAUAUACAAUCUUACCAAUUUCGAAAAUUGUUGUGCUGUGUUGUGCACCUGUUACGCCUAGACAAUAUCCGUAAAGCACAAAAACAAAUAAGUAAGUCUUAUACUAGUAAUAUUGACAAGUUCAGACUGUAUUUCUGUUUUAUACUCGUAACUCUUUCAAGACUGUGCUACACUGGGUGUUAAUUGAAUAAUACAAGCCCCGUUGUUGUGUCUACCAGAUUACAUAGUCAAUAGUCUCACCACACCGCCUGGAAGUUGGAUUAACAUGUUAAAUCGUAUUUCAAGAGACCAGUUAACCAGUAAAUAAGGAUGCAACAGGUGCCCCCCUCCCCUAUUCUGUGAUCCAGCGAAACACAGUUGUGUUAUUAGUGUCCUCCAUUUUAUCACGGGUCAUUGACGUUCAAAACAUGGCUGUGUGUUGUUAACGUUACUUAUCGUGCAGUGUAAGCAUUGGUUAAACGUUACGUACGUUUCCGUGUAUGGAACACACACGUUACAUGUAUUAUCAAGUAAGGUGCAACAUGUGGUACACGUGUAACAUAUGGUUAGUAUUGUUAGAGAAUUAUGGAGUGAUUCGUGGCAUGCACACCUUGAUCAUUUGCAUGACCGUUCGAUGACAAACCAGUACAACCACUUUUCGGCUGUUCCCAGUGAUUAAGUCUCGGCGAUGAUUUAUGUGCUGUAACGUUAUGUAUAGGGCUUGUUUACAAUCUCCGAGAAACUCAUGAGAGAAAACAUGGUUUUUAUAUGGAGUUGUCGUGUUUUACCUGUUAAAAGAAGACGGAAAUCUAGCUACCAUUCUCACCUGCGUAGGGACUGUCGACUAUGGACUUAUGUAGGGGAUAUGCUGACUGGUCACAGACAAAGGAUAGUUGUCAAACGAUACACGGACAACAUGGGGGCGUGUAUGGGGCUUUUGGUGAUUUAUAAUGCUGACAGCUACUUUUCGACUAAAGUAUUGUCAAUAUGUUUGUCCAUUGAAACGGUGAAACUUUUGCUUUUGAAGGAGAUAGUGAACAAAUGUUAAUCCAAAACAAGUACAGAAAUAAAGAAAUAUUGUUGCUAUUUCUGUUGCCAUACA